AUGCCGUCGACGAAACGAGCCAAGCAUCGUGAAUAUGCCAGAACUGGUUGCAAAACCUGCAAGUGUGUACCCUUGAGUUCCUAUCGAAUCCACAUUUCGAAUGCGAUUCCUGAACGUGCUGCCCUUGCUUAUCCUUCGCACGCGAAACCCAUGGUUGUAUACAUCACUAACCAUAGCCGUAGGAUCCGCAAGGUCAAAUGCGACGAAACGAAGCCGCAAUGCCACCGAUGCCAACGAAGUGGUCGAAACUGUGAUGGAUACGUGGACAUUGUCACACAACAUCAAAAUACGAAAUCAUUCAAGUUCGUCAAUUACAUAAGCCACGGACCGUCGUUCGGUGCAUGCCUUUUCCUACAAGACACGCGACAACGACAGGCUUUCGAAUUCUACCAACUGCGAUCAUCUCUGGAACUCUCUGGCCCUUUCCGCGAAGAGACAGAUGUUUGGAACAGGCUAGUGCUACAGGCAGCAUAUCAUGAAACAGCCAUCCGCCAUGCGGUCUGCGCUUUAGCGAGCUUUCACCAAGAAUAUGAAGAUGAGAAUCUCUAUGCUUCUAGUUUCCUAAGGACUGGCCUGGAACAGUACUCGUACGCACUCAAAGCUCUUGUCGCAGCAAAAGGAAGCUGCAGGUGCAUGGAGGUGACCUUGAUCGCUUGCAUCGUGUUCACGUUCUGCGAGCAUUUACAAGGACAUCUUGGUUCUGCAAAGGCUCAUGUGCACAGUGGUUUGAAGCUCCUGGAUGCUUAUGUAACACUGUCUAGAGAAGUGAACUCAGCUGGGCCAGCACAUUCAGAUCACUACCGACCGUACUUUCCGCUCACGAUACUGAUCAUAUUGUUCAGACGCCUGGAUCGCCAGCUGGCAGAAUUUGGGCAACAGCCUGUGCGUGCAGCUCAUCACUCUCUCAGAUUUCAGCCUCCAUAUCUUCCGGGUCGGUUUCAGUCCGUAGCAGCUGCCACCGCAUCACUUGAAAACAUUGUCGAUCAGCUCAUCGGAGUUACACAGGAAGCUACCGUUAGACAACUUGAUAAGUGCUCUAGUGAAAUGGCUGCAUUGCGUGGAACCUGGUAUGUACGGCUUUCGCAACAACUCGAUCAGUGGAAGAGGGCCUUCGAUGGGCUCUCAUCCCUAGACUCGACAGGCAAUCAAGACCAAGGGAACCACUACAAUGAAGCAGUCCUGACUCUGCGUCUCUGGUAUCUUUCAUGCCGCCUCUUUCUUCUGCUUGAUUCCCCGAAUGAGGUCAUGGAUUAUGAUGAAUGCAUGCCGAUAUUCCAGUCAAUGGUCGAUGUUGCUCAAGGACUGCUGGAGGUUCAGAACAAGUGCGAACCUAAAUCGAUUAUACCGACCCCUCAGAAACGCAAGAAGGCGUCGGCACCGAUAAUUGAGGCAUUUAGGGUUCCCAAGUCCAAAUGUGAACCAUGUGAGCUGCAAGGUUUGGGGGGAGACUUUGCCACAUUACGGCCCGUAUACUUCUCCCGCUUUCCAAUGUUGAACAAAGCCGUCUUUACAUGCACGGCUUUGUCCCCAGUUCCGCCGCUGUUCAUCGUCGUCACUCGGUGCCGUGAGCCAAAGGUACGACGUCAAGCACUGCAAAUUCUCUCCCAACUCAACCGGCGUGAUGGUUUUUGGGAUUCAACCCUAGCUGCCAUGUGUGCUGGAGCUCUAUUGUACUCAGAGGAGCUGGACACGACCGAUUUGCACGAUCAGAGAGGAAAAGCCCAAGUUCUGAAGAAAGCUGGAUCUACAAAGCAAAUUCCCGUUGGUGCCCGAAUGUUAGGCGUUCGGCCACAGUUUGGCGAAGGAAGAUUGCUGACUUUUGAGUUUGUAAGGGCGCAAUCGCGGCUUGAGAUCCUGCGACGUUGA